UUAUGGGUUUUCUCCAUUGGAAUUUGUUUUACAAAAACCCAUGUUUUUGCCCAAACCAUAAAAGUAAACCUUUACAAAGGAUCCCCACGAUUCAAUUAAAUAUUUGCCUCAUGAGAAGUCAAGUUAUAAAAUAGUGUUGUUACUCAGUGUUGUCAAGGUUGCUGUUCCUCUUUCAGUUUGAAAACCAGUUUCAGUGUGAUAAAUGUGUUUUCCAAUAUAAUCCAAUUACAUUAGUUAUGGGGCCCAGCUGUCUUCCCAUCUGCAACUGAGACCCAUCCAUUUUGUCCUCAACUGCAGUAUUUGUGCUCUGAUGUGCUGCUGUUAUUCAUAUACAAGGGAUGUGAUACAAUUAUUUCUUCUGCACCUUGAAAUUAUGACCAUGUAUUAGUAUAUGCAGCACAUGUGACCACAACAUCAUUCAAAAUGCAUAUUAUUUAAUCAAUGCUGCGUUUGAGCAAUUCACAUAAAGCACAGAUUUGAAUUCAAAUGAUAAGACAGGGUCAAAGGAAACAUUAAGUACAAGGAUGGAGGCUGGGAGCUUCAUUUGAUUUUCCAUAUUCAUAAAAACAUUACUGUAGUUAAAGAUGUGACUCAAAAGGCUAGCUACAUGUACUGAAGUAAUACUGCCACUAGAGGGAAACAAUACUACUGUAAACAGUUUGGACUUCGGACCCAGUCUACAGCCACAAAGGGGCGUAGCAUAAUGGGGUGGUCGCACUUGAUCAAGUUAGGACACAACUGUGGAUUUCAGGGCCUCAAAUACAUAAUCAAGCAGUAAGUGAAGGCCUAUCCAAGGAUUCCCAGGGAUGAAACUCUGAAUUUUGUCCAUGUACUCCAUAACUCCAGACACUCUAAAUUGAGAGGGAUUUUAAUUUAUUCAUAUUUAAAAGACAGCAAACAUGGAUGAAACCAAUAAAUUGCAAAAUGACAUCUCCGCUUCCAGCGCAGAUAUUUAUUUAAGAGCAUACAGUAAAAAAGCAAGCCAUGAGAAGAUAAAAAAAGAGGGGGAUAUGCCGGCAGUCGGCCCCAUUGAACUGUUCAAGUUUUCAGAUGGCAUAGACAUUAUACUGCUCAUCGCCGGGACGCUGAUGUCAGUGGCCCACGGGCUGGUGUUUCCCCUCAUGUGUGUUGUGUUUGGGCAUAUGUCGGACAGAUUUAUACAGUCCGCAGCAAUGUCUAAAAACAAUACCCGCCUCUUUAUUUCCACUAACAACACCUUACAAGAAGACAUGGCCAGCUUUUGUAUUUACUUCGCCAUCACAGGGGCUUUGGUGCUGGUUGCCGGCUACAUGCAGGUUGCUUUUUUCGCACUGGCUGCUGUACGACAGGUCAGACGCAUUCGCAAGUGUUUUUUUCGCAGUAUUAUGCGACAGGACAUUGGCUGGUUUGAUGUAAAUGAGACAGGCGCGCUCAACACUCGCCUCGUUGAUGAUGUCUACAAAAUCCAAGUUGGUAUUGGAGACAAAAUAGGGAUGUUAAUCCAGUCUGUUUCAACCUUCAUUGCAUCUUUGGUUAUUGGCCUAUACAUGGGAUGGAAGCUCGCUCUGGUCAUCCUGGCAGUCAGCCCUUUGCUGGGCCUGGCAGCUGCCAUUUUCAGUAAGGUUUUGACAUCAUUCACUUAUAAAGAACAGGCUGCUUAUGCCAAAGCAGGUGCAGUGGCAGAGGAGGUGCUUUCUGCCAUCAGGACUGUGUUUGCCUUCAGUGGUCAGCAGAAAGAAAUCAAAAGGUAUUAUGAAAACUUGGAAGAGGCUAAGAACAUGGGAAUCAAGAAGGCGAUAAGUUCAAACGCUGCUAUGGGUUUUAUCUUCAUGAUGAUCUUCUUGUCUGACGCUCUGGCCUUCUGGUAUGGAAGUAAACUCAUUCUGAGUAAGGAGUAUACUACUGGAACUGUACUCACAGUUUUAUUUGCUUUGAUUAUUGGAGCUCUUGCAUUGGGGCAGACCUCACCACAUAUCCAGUCUUUUUUCGUCGCUCGAGGAGCUGCGCACAUAGUAUACAGCAUCAUUGACAAUGAACCGAGCAUCGAUAGCUAUUCGGAAAGCGGCUUCAAGCCUGACUCAAUCAAUGGAAACAUAGAGUUCAAGAACGUCCACUUUAACUACCCCUCGAGGCCAGAAGUCAAAGUAUUAAACAACAUGUCCCUGAGCAUAAAAAGUGGACAGACCAUUGCCUUAGUGGGAAGCAGUGGUUGUGGUAAAAGCACCACCAUACAGCUGUUACAGAGGUUUUACGAUCCACAGGAGGGAUCGGUUAAUAUUGAUGGUCAUGACAUCCGUUCUCUCAAUAUUUGCUACUUGCGAAAGAUGAUCGGUGUGGUGAGUCAAGAGCCUGUCCUUUUUGCCACCACCAUAGCUGAAAACAUCCGAUAUGGCCGAAUCGACGUCACACAAGAGGAGAUGGAGCAAGCUGCCAAGGAGGCCAACGCUUAUGACUUCAUCAUGAACCUUCCUGAUCAGAAAUUUGACACGCUGGUCGGGGGCCAAGGGACUCAGAUGAGUGGUGGACAGAAGCAGAGAAUUGCAAUCGCUCGAGCGCUUGUCCGCAACCCCAGAAUCCUUCUCCUAGAUGAAGCAACUUCUGCUCUAGACUCUGAGAGUGAGACCGCUGUGCAGACUGCACUUGACAAGGUCAGACUAGGCCGUACCACCAUAAUCGUGGCCCAUCGCCUCUCAACUGUCAGAAAUGCUGAUAUCAUUGCUGGCAUUCAAAGCGGAGAGGUUAUCGAGCUCGGUACCCAUAGUCAACUGAUGGAAAAACAGGGUGUUUACCAUACACUUGUCAACACGCAGACCUUCCAGAAAUACAAAGAUGACGAACAGUGGAAUAGUCAACAAAAUGAAAAGAACUCAUCAGACAAAGAUUUCGAUGACUCUUCCUUGAAAAUGACUAAGUUUGCAAUAGGUUAUUCCUCUGCUGAUUUGGAGGGAAGCAAAGAAGAAAAAGAAAAGUUGGUGGAUGCCCAAGACAAGACAGAAGAGGAUGAAAAUGUUGCUCCAAUGACGUUACUUCAAAUUAUGCGUUACAACCUGUCGGAGUGGCCUUACAUUUUGAUGGGGAUCAUUUUUGCUGCCAUCAAUGGAUUAUUAAAUCCUAUGUUUGCAGUCCUCCUCUCAAAGUUUAUUGUUGUGAUGGCUGAGGUUGAUGAAGAAAUUAUCAGAAAAAAAGCUGAAUUCAUUUGCAUCAUGUUUGCAAUGAUUGGGGUAGUCAUUUUUUUCACCAUGUUUCUCCAGGGUUAUUGUUUUGGAAAAUCUGGAGAGAUCCUAACGUUAAAACUAAGACAUGCAGCUUUCAAGGCUUUGAUGAGGCAGGAACUUGGUUGGUUUGAUGACCACAAAAACACUGUUGGAACGCUAACAACAAGACUGGCUGCAGAUGCUGCUCAAGUGCAGGGGAUUACGGGAGUACGCCUGGCCACAUUAGUGCAGAAUACUGCCAACUUGGGCAUUGGUGUGAUUCUGGCCUUUGUGUAUGGCUGGGAGCUGACCUUGCUAAUGCUGGGGUUGGUACCAAUCCUGGCUGUGGCUGGAAAAACAGAGAUGGAGUUGCUUGCUGGCCAAGCCGUUAAAGACAAGAAGGAGUUGGAGAAGGCUGGACAGAUUGUUACAGAAGCCAUUGAAAACAUCCGUACAGUUGCAUCUCUGACGAGGGAACCAAAGUUUGAGUCUUUGUUCGACAAUACUAUACUAGUUCCAUACAGAAAUGCCAAGAAAAAGUCUCAUGUGCAGGGUUUAGCCUUCUCGUUCUCCCAAGCUAUGAUCUAUUUUACUUAUGCUAUAUGUUUCUGGUUUGGAGCUUGGCUCGUUGACCAAGGACGAAUGGAUGUUGAAGGAGUAUAUGUAGUGAUCAUGGCAAUUACGUACGGUUCCAUGGCUGCCGGAGAAGCCAAUUCCUUCGCGCCGAACUAUGCAAAUGCCAAAGUAUCAGCUGGUCAAAUUAUGAUGCUACUGAACAGAGUGCCUGCUAUUGAUAAUCUCUCACAUGAGGGAGAAUCAUUGGAUACAUUUGAUGGUAAUGUGCACUUUGAGGGUGUUAAGUUUAACUACCCCUCACGCCCCAAUGUACCUGUCCUUCGAGGGCUGAAAUUGAAGGUAAGCAAGGGUGAGACACUGGCCCUGGUAGGACGCAGCGGCUGUGGUAAAAGCACUGCUAUACAACUUCUGGAGAGGUUCUACGAUGCCACGCAAGGAAACGUGUUGAUUGAUUCUAAGAGUGUGAAAGAGCUGAACAUCCAGUGGCUUAGGUCUCAGAUAGGCAUUGUGUCGCAGGAGCCUGUACUCUUUGACUGCAGUUUAGCUGAUAAUAUUGCCUAUGGAGACAACAGUCGGACUGUUACUAUGGAGGAGAUUAAGGCAGCUGCUGAAGCGGCCAACAUUCACAGCUUCAUAGAAAAUUUGCCAAAGAAAUAUGACACUCAGGCUGGCGAUAAGGGGACCCAGUUGUCAGGUGGUCAGAAACAACGAAUAGCCAUAGCCCGAGCCAUGAUCCGUAACCCCAAACUUUUACUUCUGGACGAGGCCACGUCUGCACUCGACACUGAGAGUGAGAAGGUGGUGCAAGAAGCGUUGGACAAAGCCAGGCAGGGCAGGACGUGUAUCGUUGUUGCCCACCGUCUUUCCACCAUCAAAAAUGCAGACCGCAUUGCUGUCUUUCAGGGAGGGAUGGUGGUUGAACAAGGGACACACCAGCAGCUGUUAGCCAAAAAGGGAGUCUACCACAUGUUGGUCACUACUCAGAUUGGCCAUGGGAGGGAAGUAGAAGACUGAGUUGGUAGUGAAUUGUUUUUAUUUUUUCAUAGGUCUCCAAUUUUAAUUAUUAGUGGCUGCUUGUUUAAACACCUGAGAUGGUUGGCAUGCCAACUUGAUGAAACACAAACACAGAGGGGCAGGUAGAAAAUUCACCUUUUUUGGCUGGCUAUCAGUGUUUCCCAACCCAUAUUGAUCAGAGACACAUUUUAUAUGCAGUACGACGCUACCACGAAAUGUCGCCAAAACAUAUCUGUUGAAGUUAGAAUUUUACUUACUCGGAGUUAAAGGUGGGACUGUUUAGUUCAGUCUUUUAUUUGGCACCUAUCUUAAUUUUAGUCCCUUGUUAAAAAAAUAGCUUAGUAGUUAAUGGACUAGUCAUUUCCAUCAGUGAGUUUUACUCUAAGUUAGUUAGUGAUUUACAACUAAAAUGUUUUUAAUCUAGUUUUAAUUAUUUAAAAAAAAAAAAGCAUUACUCAUUUUAACAUGUUUCAAGUUUAUCACAUGAUUUCAAACAUUUUACUUAAGGCCACUUAUUAUUUUUUAAUUAUCAUUUCCUCAUUGCCAAAACCACACUGGUUUAGUCAACACAGUUGAUUUAUUCACAGCAAGCCAUGCACUAUAUCUUCUGACAUCUAGUGGAAAGAUAAUUUCUUGUCUUCCCCGACACUAGUCACUAUCGUAGAUAUUUUAACUGAGAUGCGUUAUUUGUGGUAAGUAAACAGUUUUUAAAUCAGUUAAGUGCACAAGGACAAUUGUUUGCACACCAGUUGGAAAUCAAUGAGCUGUACAAAAGUGACAGAAUUGUGUUUCUUUUUUUGUUUUGUGAGCUAUCAAAUGUUUUCUCAGGUGAAAGGUACCCAUAUAAUUGUAUAACUAAAUCAGGGAGAGACUCUACUCGGGGAAAAGUAAAAGAACAUACCUGACAUAUAAUAUUGAAAAGCUCAUAUCACUCAAAAGCUGUUAAGAAAGCCAUAAUUCAGUCAAGCCAUACAUUUGCCAAAAUGGUACUACCUCACAUCUGCAAUGUGGCCAGAAUCUGCAAAUCUGCACUACAUUGCUUAUAAUGGACUCGUAGAAUGUGAUUUUUAAAAAAAAAAUUUUUUAAUGUGAAUGAAAUGUAAUUAACUUUGCCAAAAAGGUAAUAUAUCAAAUAAAGCACCACAUUUUAGUACAAAUGUGAAUAAAGUGUGGGUGUAGAAAUUUUCUUGGGAGGUGGUCAGUCAACUUUGUUUCCUAUUUCCAUUCGGCAGUGUGUGACACAAAAAAAUGUAGUCAGGGGUUUUAGAAUUAGGUUUUACAGUAUUAGUGUGUGAGAUGGAGACAGCUUAUCAAAGCAACCGCAAAUGAUGUCGCGUUCAGGAAAAGUGGGUACUUUGGAUUUUGACUCCACACUCUCUCCACUGUAUUUUCUUGUAAAGGUGCAACAAUUAAUCGAUUAAUCGACAACUAAUUGGUUAGCAAAUUAAUCCACAACUAUUUUGAAAACCAAUUAAUCGUAUACAACCUUCACCUUAAACUCGUCUAAAUUCUUGAAAUUAUAACAUAUAUUCAACUUCUCAGUGGUAAAUAUCAGAUUUCUUCAUUACAUUUUUGUUAAGUCAAAGUAGAACAUGAACAAAAAUCUGCUUUUAUUUUGGAAAACAGUCAUUCACAUUUUUGCCAAUUUUUGGACAUCUCACAGUCCGAACUUGCUAAACUAAAGGCUGCAACAACUAAUUGAUUAAUAAAUUAGUUGCCAACGAAUUUUAUAAUUGAUUUUUGCAAACAACUAUGGGCAGUCCCAUGUGGGUCCUUGUUUGUGUGUAAUAUGAGGGUGUGUGCGCCAGUGAUUGGAAAAAGAGCGAGAGUUCCCUGCUACACUCAGAUUGGUCGGGUGAAUCAAUAAUAUUACGAAGUAUCGACAUCGAAAGUUAGAUUGUCUGUGUUAAUAGAUCCAGUAUGACCUGUCAGAGGUGAGUAUAUGAAGCCAAUUGUAUUGUUUGUAUUCUUUGUUGAUGAGAUGUUGCUACGUACGUAGUAUGACGCGUUAAGCUAGGUAAUAAUUAUGCUAAUCAGUGUCUUAAGUGUCCGUUUGUAUUGUGAUAGUAAAGUUAUCAAUUUUCUUCUUAAAGAAUCCACAAACAUAAACCCAUUCAUAUAACAGCUUUUAGAUUCUCCUUUCAACACAAAGUCCCAUUCAAACUGUAAAUCGUCAUACAAGAGAGUGCUUUGAAAUUGGAUUUGGAUUGUAUUUAUGAACAACUGUUUGAUAAAGAAAAUUGAUACAUUCCAGUCUGCCUCCUCCUUAUUUGAUUUUGUUGUUUUGUUUGUUUAAAUAAAAUAAAUAAGGCAUUAACAAAGUAGCCAGGAAAAAGUUUGAUAAGCCACAGUUGCUAUAUUGUAUUCAUUCAGGGCAUAUUGGAAAACAACAGGAACAUGACAGAUCAUAUUUGGGCAUAUUGACUCGUCAAGGCUAUGAGAAGGCCCACUCAAAUAGA